AUGAAGCCCAGUCUCAACAACAAGCUGGAUUUCGUCAGAGGUCCAGCUGCUUGGACCAAUCCAGACCGUGUCGAGGGUCAUAGAGGGUUCCGGGAAUACCGCCUGCCCCUUGCUCUAACCUUCGUCGACUAUGAGAAAGCCUUUGACAGCGUAGAAACGAAUGCAAUUCUGUCAGCGCUGGUCGAUCAAGGUGUGGACGCGUCGUAUGUGAGGACAUUAGCCAAUUACUACGAUCGAUGCACGACUAGGAUACAUCUUUUCCACCGCCCUCUCACCAUACCCAUUGGGAAGGGGGUACGAAAGGGCGAUACUAUAUCGCCGAAGCUGUUCACGGCUGCAUUGCAAUGGAUAAUGAAAUCACUAUCCUGGGAGGAAAGAGGCAUACGUGUUGAUGGAAGAUUUCUUUCGAACCUUCGCUUCGCGGACGACAUCGUUCUCUUUUUGAGCAGUACCAAUGAAGCAGAAACGAUGCUCAACGAAUUGAACGAAGCAGAGAAGAGAAUAGGAGUGCGAAUAAACAGAAAGGAAACACAGUUCAUGAAAAACGCCUACUGCGAGGACGGAGGAGUACAACCUGAAGGCUCCCAAAUCGUGGAAACUUCGUCAUACGUAUACCUCGGGGGUUCUAUGAACAUGGAAAACGACUUGAAGGAAGAACUAAGUAGAAGAAUGAGAGCAGCAUGGGCAGCAUUCGCAGCCGUCAGGGAAGCUAUGGACCAACUGAGGGACUAA